GGCUGCGCCACGCUCCUGCGUCUGUUGUGAUACUGCUGAAAAAAGGUUUGUAUUUUAAGUUUUUACAAACGGUGAACUAAGGAGCUGAUUGAAAGGCACACGGAUAUUUAGAUUGGAUUCGUUUUUCUUUCUGCUAAAUAUUCUCAUCCUAAUCAUGUAAAACUGUUCAACCACUCAGAAAAACUCGAGAUCCACUUGAGACUUAAACAUGGCGUUUAUUAAAGAAGAAAAUGAAACGAAGAUUGAAGAAACAUUCACAGUAAAACUAGAAGAUACUGAGGACCAAACAAAGAUGGUGUGUAUUAAAGAGAGUGAAGACAUGAAGAUUGAAGAUACUGAGGAACAAACAAUAUUAAUGGUGUUGAUUAAAGAAGAGAGUGAAGAAACGAACAUUGAAGAAGCAUUCAGAGUGAAACAAGAAACUGAGGAACAAACAAAUAUGGUGUUUAUGGAAGAGGAGAGUGAAGAAACGAAUAUUGAAGAAGCAUUCACAGUCAAACAAGAAGAUAAAGAGGAACGAACAAAUGUGGUGUUUAUUAAAGAGAGUGAAGAAACGAAUAUUGAAGAAGCAUUCACAGUGAUACAAGACGACACUGACACACUAGCAGACUGCCCGCUGUGCCUUCAUGGGUACCACAAGCUCAGCCAGCAUCUGAGGGUGACCCAUAAGGUCAUCAACAGCCAGGAGCGCAAGUUGCUGCUUGCCAUUUCCUCGGGGAGGGUUGAUGUCCGCAAGGGGACCUGCCCCUUGCCCUCCUGCGGCAAGUCCACCUCCCGCUUGGAUCGCCACCUAAAGGACCAUACCGAGUUAACAAGGGAGGCCCAGCAGGAGACCAUGCAGGCGCUGAAGAGAAAGAAGAUUAUUCAUGACCUCACAUACUUGCGGGCAAGCAACCCAGCCGUGCCUAUGGCCUCGACCCUGGAUCUGGAGGAGGAUCAAGAUCUGGAGAAUGCCCCACCUCCUCCAGAGGAGAGUACCUGUGACAAACCCUGCUGCCAGCAUGCUCGCAAACAGCUCCAGGAUCAGGUGGCGGAACUCAACAGACAGGUGGACACACUGCGCAGCACCCUCAGAGAUGUGAAACGCCGCUACCGCCUAUUGAAGAGGAGAUCACAGUCCAUCCCCUCCACCCAAGUUUCCCAGGUCACAAGAAAACUUCUAACGCCUCUUCGCUCCCCUGAGAAGGAAGUGGAGGCCACAGUGAUGGAAAAAUCGCUUCGGAGGAAGGUAGUGGUGCACGAGGUGGCCUUAAAUCAGGCCAAGGAAGGCUGCCUCAUUCCAAAGAGAGAUUUAAGAGAGUGCCGCUCCUCUGCCAAGAGGAAGAUUCCAGAGAUUCUGGCUUCUCUCAGGAAGUCGGGGGACAAGAAGGACCAGUGGUCAUUUUAUGGACACCUCACCGCAUACUUGGCCUGCAUCUAUGGCCAUCACGUUUGGGUGUUCCAGAACAUUACCAUAAAGGAGGUGGAGGAAGGCCAGCGGACCGCCAGAGAGGGCAGCUAUGUUAUCAAUAUAUCAUCUCACAAGAUUAACCCGGCCUUCUGGGAUGCCCAGCUGGCAUUGGAUGCUGAGGAGUAUGGGUGGCUGCAGGACUUUUUAUCCAUGAGGUCCACCUUGGUAGGUGGGAAGAAUGCCCACUACUUAUUUUUUACAUCCAAGGCCAGCUCCUGCAAAAAUUUGAACAAGUAUUUCCAGGAGGCAUGGGCUGGCAUGGGUUUGCUUGGGACCCCCACAUUCACUGAUAUCAGGACCUCCAUCGCCACCCAUGCAAAGAACACCCUCAGCCCCGGAGACUGGUAUAAAGUGGCACGAUACAUGUGCUACGAUACCUCCACAGUUGAUGGAUUUAAUGUGCUGAACUUAAAUGCAAAGCAGGUGGCAGAACACCACCAUCUGUUUGAGUCAGCUGUGGAGUGUGAGGAAACCAUACCAGUAAAAAAUGUGAAGACCCGGAAGCGCCCCGCUACCUUCAGGCUAAAGAGGGGCAAAAGGCCCUGCAAGCGGGCAGCCAGCCCGUCAACCUCCUUCAGCCCAUCACCCUCUGCCACCCUUCUACGGAUGAAAGAAGGUCCAGAGUCGAGGGAGUCUGCUUCGGAGGGACAAAGCCAAGCAAAGCGGCAGAUCUAUUGACUAAAAAGGAAGAUAAACCUCAUGCUGAUAAAAAGUUUU